AUGGCUCUCCCACCCAAGAUAUUGAUUGUCGGUGGAGGGGUCUUCGGAUUGUCCACGGCCCUCGCCUUGUCUCGCCGACACCCCGCUAGCCAAGUCACCCUGCUCGAGGCGUCUCCUACAAUCCCCAACCCGGAAGGAUCUUCGGUCGACAGCUCGCGCAUCGUGCGCGCCGACUACUCGAACCCUGCAUACGUGAAACUGGCUGCCACCGCCAUCGAAAGCUGGCGCAACACGGAAUGGGGCCGCGAGGACCGCUACACCCAGAAUGGCCUGCUGCUGGUCUACCCAGACGGCAAUGCGCAAGGCAAGGAAUAUACGAUCAAAAGCUACCACAAUGUUAAGGAGCUGGAAGGGAAUUUGGUCGAGUUCCUGCCCGCAAAAAAGGACGUUCUGCGGGCCGCGCCAGCCUACGGCGAGUCGCUCAACGUCGCCGGAGGCUACGUCAAUUGGGGCUCGGGCUGGUCUGACGCCGAAGCCACCGUGCGUUACGCAAAGAAGAAACUAGACGAGGCAGGCAAGGUCAACUUCCAGACGGGAAACGUUCAGAGCCUGCAGUAUGCCGACUCGGCCACACCGAAUAAAGUGACUGGCGUGACCUUGGCGGAUGGGACCUCGAUAACGGCGGAUCUGGUGAUCCUGGCCACCGGUGCAUGGACGUCGAAGCUGGUUGAUCUCCGCGGCCGAGCCGUGGCAACCGGACAGGCAAUCGCAUACAUGCGCAUCUCCGACGAGGAACAGAAGCUCCUGGAGAACAUGCCCACCAUCCUCAACUUCAGCACGGGCAUGUUCAUCAUUCCGCCGCGGAAUAACCUGCUCAAGAUCGCUCGCCAUGCCUAUGGCUACCAGAACCCAACAACAGUGCCCGUUCCAGGAAGCCAGGGAACAGCCACCAUGGACGUGAGUCUGCCAGAGAGCGGUGUCCCAGUUCCGCGCGAGGGCCAGGACGCCUUCCGCUUUGCUCUGAAGCAGCUCCUUCCCACGUUCGGAGAGCGACCCUUCACCACCACCCGAGUAUGCUGGUACACUGAUACCCCCAACGGCGACUUCAUCGUGACCUACCACCCCGACCAGUCCGGACUCUUCCUCGCCACCGGUGGCAGCGGCCACGGCUACAAAUUCUUCCCCGUGAUCGGCGACAAGAUCGUUGACGCCCUCGAAGGCCGCCUGGAGCCCGAGCUGCAAAAUCUCUGGGCCUGGCCGGAAGCCAUCGAUCCGCAGAUGCUGCAAGGCGCCGAGGACGGAAGUCGUUCAGGACCGAAGGGACUGCUGCUGCGGGAGGAGCUGGCAAAGACGCAGAAGGAGCAGCGAACGAGUGCAUUAUAGACCGCGCCUGUUGAACUGGAUUUUAUACCUUAAAAGUGUGCAUAGAGCGCGUAUAGAUCGCAGUGGUAGGUAGAAUUGUAGAUAGACCGAAGUCUGUAUAUACAUAG